AUGCCAGCUGAAUUCCGUUGCCUCCCUGGUCCUGGGAAGCAUGUUUUAUGCCCAGGACAGUGGGAGGCCCCGCGGCCCAGCAGCAGGCACCUGGUUGAAUUACGCAUCUCUCUUUCUUGUUAGAUUGUUGGCUGCGAUCACCAGCUCGGAAGCAACACCAAGGAAGAUAACUGUGGAGUGUGCAACGGAGAUGGGUCCACCUGCAGGCUGGUCCGAGGGCUGUAUAAAUCCCAGCUCUCCGCAACCAAACUGGAUGACACUGUGGUUGCCAUUCCCUACGGAAGCAGACAUGUUCUCCUUACCUUAAAAGGACCUGAUCACUUGUAUCUGGAAACCAAAACCCUGCAGGGAGCUAAAGGUGAAAACAGACUCAGCUCUACAGGCAUCUUUCUUGUGGACAAUUCUAGUGUGGACUUCCAGAAAUAUCCAGACAAAGAGAUCCUGAAAAUGGCUGGACCACUCACUGCAGAUUUCAUUGUCAAGAUCCGCAAUUCGGGGCCUGCUAACAGCACAGUCCAGUUCACCUUCUAUCAGCCGAUCAUCCACCGAUGGAGGGAGACGGAUUUCUUUCCUUGCUCAGCAACCUGUGGAGGAGGUUACCAGCUGACAUCGGCUGAGUGUUACGAUCUUCGGAGCAGCCGCGUGGUUGCUGAUCAAUACUGUCACUAUUACCCAGAGAACAUCAAACCCAAGCCCAAACUUCAGGAGUGCAACUUGGACCCUUGUCCAGCCAGUGGCGGAUACAAGCAGAUCAUGCCUUAUGACCUCUACCAUCCCCUUCCUCGGUGGGAGGCCACCCCGUGGACCGCGUGCUCCUCCUCGUGUGGGGGGGGCAUCCAGAGCCGGGCAGUUUCCUGUGUCGAGGAGGACAUCCAGGGGCAUGUCACCUCAGUGGAAGAGUGGAAAUGCAUGUACACCCCUAAGAUGCCCAUCGUGCAGCCCUGCAACAUUUUUGACUGCCCUAAAUGGCUGGCACAGGAGUGGUCUCCGUGCACGGUGACGUGUGGCCAGGGCCUCCGGUAUCGGGUGGUUCUCUGCAUCAACCACCGAGGAAUGCACACGGGAGGCUGUAGCUCCAAAACCAAGCCCCACAUAAAAGAGGAAUGCAUCAUACCCACGCCCUGCUACAAACCCAAAGAGAAACUUCCAGUAGAGGCCAGGGCGCCGUGGUACAAACAAGCUCAAGAGCUAGAAGAAGGAGCCGCUGUAUCGGAAGAGCCCUCGUUCAUCCCGGAGGCCUGGUCGGCCUGCACGGUGACCUGCGGUGUGGGGACCCAGGUGCGAAUAGUCAAGUGCCAGGUGCUCCUGUCUUUCUCUCAGUCCGUGGCUGACCUGCCUGUUGACGAAUGCGAAGGACCCAAGCCGGCAUCCCAGCGAGCCUGUUACGCAGGACCGUGCAGCGGGGAGGUUCCUGAGUCCAGCCCGGGGGAGACCCGCGGCCUCCCUGGUGGCCUGCAGGACUUCGACGAGCUGUAUGACUGGGAGUAUGAGGGCUUCACCAGGUGCUCCGAGUCAUGUGGAGGAGGUGUCCAGGAGGCCGUGGUGAGCUGCCUGAACAAACAGACGCGGGAGCCUGCUGAUGAGAACCUGUGCGUGACCAGCCGCCGGCCCCCGAAGCUCCUGAAAGCCUGCAGCCUGGACCCCUGCCCAUCAAGGUGGGAAAUUGGCAAGUGGAGUCCAUGCAGCCUCACCUGUGGGGUUGGCCUGCAGACCAGAGACGUCUUCUGCUCCCAGAUACGUUCCAGAGAGAUGAACGAAACAGUCAUUCUGGCUGAUGAUCUGUGUCGCCAGCACAAGCCCAGCACAGUGCAAGCUUGUAACCGCUUCGACUGUCCCCCAGCCUGGUACCCUGCGCAGUGGCAGCCGUGCUCCAGGACCUGCGGAGGCGGCAUCCAGAAGCGCGAGGUUCUUUGCAAGCAACGUAUGGCCGAUGGCAGCUUCCUGGAGCUUCCUGAGACCUUCUGUUCAGCCUCAAAACUGGCCUCCCAGCAAGCCUGCAAGAAAGAUGACUGUCCCAGCGAGUGGCUUCUCUCUGACUGGACAGAGUGUUCCACGAGCUGCGGCGAGGGCACCCAGACUCGGAGUGCCGUUUGCAGGAAGGUGCUGAAAACCGGGGUCUCGGCUAUUGUCAAUUCCUCCCUGUGCCCUCCCCUGCCAUUCUCUUCAUCAAUCAGGCCCUGUAUGCUGGCAACCUGUGCAAGGCCCGGCCGGCCGUCGGCAAAGCACAGCCCGCACAUCGAGGCGGCGAGGAAGGUCUACAUCCAGACGCGCAGGCAGAGGAAGCUGCACUUCGUGGUGGGCGGGUUCGCCUACCUGCUCCCCAAGACCACGGUGGUGCUGCGCUGCCCCGCGCGGCGCUUCCGGAAGCCGCUCAUCACGUGGGAGAAGGACGGCCAGCACCUCGUCAGCUCGGCGCACGUCACCGUCGCCCCCUUCGGCUACCUGAAGAUCCACCGCCUCAAGCCGUCGGACGCGGGCGCCUACACCUGCUCCGCGGGGCCGGCGCGGGAGCGGUUCGUGAUCAAGCUCCUCGGCGGCAACCAGAAGCUCGCGGCGCGGCCCGCGAGCCUCCGCGGCGAGGAGGAGGCCCCGCGGGGGAGGAAGGCGCACCCCAAGGAGGCCCUGCAGACGCACAAACACCAGAACGGCAUCUUCGCGAACGGCAGCAAGGCCGAGAAGCGGGGGCUCGCGGCGGACCCCGGGAGCCGCUACGAUGACCUGGUGUCUCGGCUGCUGGAGCAGGGGGGCUGGCCCGGGGAGCUGCUGGCCUCGUGGGAGGCGCAGGACUCCACCGAGAGGAACGCGUCGUCCGAGGAGGAGCAGAACGCCGAGCCGGGCCCGCCGCCGCGGCCCUCCACGCUCGUGACGGAGCAGCGGCGCCUGGACGACAUCCUGCGGAACCUCUCCCAGCAGCCCGAGGAGCUGCGCGACGUCUACGGCAAGCACCUGGUGGCCCAGCUGGCGCAGGACAUCUUCCGCAGCCACGGCGGCACCCGCAGGCCGCCCCGCAGGCCCACCAUCUUGCGGAAGAUCUCGGCGGCCCAGCAGCUCUCCGCCUCCGAAGUGGUCACUCACCUCGGGCAGACGGUGGCCCUGGCCAGCGGGACGCUGAGCGUGCUGCUGCACUGUGAGGCCGUGGGCAACCCCCGGCCUACCAUCAGCUGGGCCCGGAACGGAGAAGAGGUUCAGUUCAGUGACAGGAUUCUGCUACAACCAGAUGAUUCCUUACAGAUCCUGGCACCAGUGGAAGCUGAUGUCGGUUUCUAUACUUGUAACGCCACAAAUGCCUUGGGAUAUGACUCUGUCUCCAUUGCCGUCACUUUAGCAGGAAAGCCAUUAGUGAAAACGUCACGAAUGACUGUGAUCAACACCAAGGAGCCUGCCAUCACAGUGGAUAUAGGCAGCACCAUCAAAACAGUGCAAGGAGUGAAUGUGACAAUUAAUUGCCAAGUUGCAGGUGUGCCUGAAGCUGAAAUCACUUGGUUCAGGAAUAAAAGCAAACUGGGCUCCUCUCACCAUCUGCACGAGGGAUCCUUGCUACUCACAGACGUGUCCUCCUCGGAUCAGGGCCUGUACUCCUGCAGGGCAGCCAACGUGCAUGGAGAGCUGACUGAGAACACCCAGCUUCUGAUCCUAGAUCCCCCCCAAGUCCCCACGCAGUUGGAAGAUAUCAGAGCCUUGCUUUCAGCCACUGGACCGAACCUUCCUUCAGUGCUGAUGUCUCCUCUGGGAACACAGCUGGUCCUGGAUCCUGGGAAUUCCGCACUCCUUGGCUGCCCUAUCAAAGGCCACCCUACCCCCAAUAUCACCUGGUUCCAUGGUGGUCAGUCGGUUGCCACUGUCACAGGAUUGACACAUCAUAUCUUGGCAGCAGGACAAAUUCUCCAGGUUGCAAAUCUAAGUGGCGAGUCUCAAGGGGAGUUCAGCUGCCUUGCUCAGAAUGAGGCAGGAGUGCUCGUGCAGAAGGCCUCUCUCAUCGUCCAGGAUUACUGGUGGUCUGUGGACAGGCUGGCAACCUGCUCGGCUUCCUGUGGUAACAGGGGUGUUCAGCAGCCCCGCCUGAGGUGUCUCCGGAACAGCACAGAGGUCAACCCCGCUCACUGUGUAGGGAAGGUCCGCCCAGCUGUGCAUCCUGUCCCCUGCAACCGGAGAGACUGUCCUUCUCGGUGGAUGGUGACCUCCUGGUCCGCCUGUACCCGGAGCUGUGGGGGAGGCAUCCAGACCCGCCGGGUGACCUGCCAGAAGCUGAAAGCCUCUGGGAUCUCCACUCCCGUGUCCAAUGACAUGUGCACACAGCUUGCCAAAAGGCCGGUGGACACCCAGGCCUGUAACCAACAGCUCUGUGUGGAAUGGGCCUUCUCCAGCUGGGGCCAGUGCAAUGGGCCUUGCGUUGGGCCUCACCUCGCUGUGCAACACAGACAGGUCUUCUGCCAGACGCUGGAUGGCAUCACCUUACCGUCAGAGCAGUGCAGUGCCCUUCCAAGGCCCGUGAGCACCCAGAACUGCUGGUCAGAAGCCUGCAGCGUACACUGGAGGGUCAGCCUGUGGACCGUGUGCACAGCGACCUGCGGCAACUACGGCUUCCAAUCCCGGCGUGUGGAAUGUGUGCACGCCCUCACCAACAAGGCAGUGCCCGAGCACCUGUGCUCCUGGGGGCCCCGGCCCGCCAACUGGCAGCGCUGCAACAUCACCCCAUGCGAAAACAUGGAGUGCAGCGAUACCACCAGGUACUGCGAGAAGGUGAAGCAGCUGCAACUCUGCCAGCUCAGCCAGUUCAAGUCUCGCUGCUGUGGAACCUGCGGCAAGGCGUGAAGACCGGCCCGGGGAGGACCUCGACCCUGCCGCGCAGAGGACUCACGCGCCCGCCUCGGACAGAACUAACGCUUUCUUCGUUUUAUUUAUUUAUUUCCCCCUCCCUGCCCCCAACCACACACUCCC